AUGCCGCAGCCCUACUAUUCAACGCCUCAGCCUGCGGCUACGCCCAAUCCGUUUGUCGAGUUCUCGUUACGACGGCUUUCGAAUGAAGUGGACCCUGACGCCUCCGUUUGCCGGACAGAACUCAAAACUGCUGCCUGA